AUGGUCAUGUCCGCCUUUGACAGAUUCAUGGACUCGCAGUUCGCCAAAUAUGAUCCAGGAAAAACGCUGACGCUCUAUCCCCACAAGGUAGUCGAACCAUAUGGCCUGGAACAUUACUCCAACCCACCGAAACUGGCUGUUCCAGAGGGCCAUCUCCGUGACUUCGAUCCCAAGGCUCACAGCCCCAAGACACGCGGCUCUGUUGAAGUCAUCGAGCUUCUAUCAGGUGGCAUCGGCGGCGGCGCUCAAGUCCUGCUGUGCAAAGUUUCGGAACAACCCGCUGAAUACAGACCGUCCCACGCUCCGUUCCCGGAGCCGCAAAGAUACGUCGUCGCCAAAAUCUUCGAUCCCAUGUUCUUCCCGGGCAACAAUGGAGUCCUCUCUGCGCUGGUUGGGAACGAUGUUCUCGCCGAGCAGCUCCUGAGCCGCGAGUCCGGAGCGUACGAGUACCUCUACGACAGGGGAAAGCCCAGAGCCCCUCCAUCCGAUUCCAAGGGAAAGGGCAAGAAGCAGGAAACCAGGAACACAAUUACCGGUCACCCCAACCUCAUCCCCCAGUACUACGGAACCUGGGCCAUCAGGUUUGGGAUGGGCAAGGGCAAGUACAGGGAGGCUGGCUUGGUUCUGAUGGAGUACAUUGAGGGCCACGCUAUCGAAGAGCUUUGCGAUAGGGAGGAAGACGACGGCUAUCUUCUCCCGGUCACCGAAGAGGUCAUCUUCCACGACUUCGCCGGCUUGGCAGGCACCAUCCAGCCCAGGAAGGUAAAGUUAACCGAGCCUUUCCGGCUGAAGGCCUUUCGCGAGAUACUCCAUAAUCUCGUGGUCCACAUGCACAUCGGCGUGGAACACGCCGACUUCAUCCCGGCAAACGUCAUCAUCACCCUUCGCAACCACGGGGGAGUCACCGGUGUACGCGAGCUAGAUGAACCGCGGCCCGUCUUGCUCGAUCUUACCCUGACAAAGGUAUGGCGCAAGACAAAGUAUGCGCAAGGCCCCGGCAUGGGGCGGCACUGUCUCGAGUGGCUUCCCAACCCCCCUCACCCAAUGGAACGAGCGUCUCCCCAGGGUAUGGAGCUGUACAUUGGCUGGUUCGACGCCGAGUGGUCGAAAGAGCGGUUCGAGGAAUGGUUGGUGCAAGAGUUUGGCCCUCUGGAGGAAGGCUCGGAGGAAGGUUCAACUGGAAAGUACUCUACGUUUGCCACGCUGGAUAACUUAAAGGCCGAUUAUUUCGAGAAGAAAGAUGAGGAGGCGAAGGAGAAGACGAGAGCUGAGCAGGACAAGGCAGUCAGGGUCAUGGCUUCUGCGAGUCACAAGGCCAGCGACGAGCGCGAUGAUGGGCCGGCAUCGUCGGCGACAUUGAGCAUCAGGCCCUCUCCGCGGGCCAACUGGCGCGCGCAAGACUCACAAAGCCGAGCAAACCCUCCCUCCACAAGCCGUCGACAGCAGAACCGAUCCGACGAGUCCACCUCGACGGAGAGUGGCGAAGAAGGCAUCCCACGCAGCUUGUACCGGAAGCUCCAGGAAGCGAAACUCAUAGCCAGCGAGAGCAGUUUUGGCGGCUCGCCCUCCCCUCGGUCGACGCCCCGCUCGGCGCAGAAGCCGGUGGAGAACGAGGAGGAGAUGGAUACCAUUGAGGAGGAAUAG